UGCUGCAAGGGGUCCUGAGUAUUUGUUCUGUUGUGUUUAUGUUGUGUUACGGUGCGGGUGUUCUCCCGAAAUGUGUUUUGUCAUUCUUGUUUGGUGUGGGUUCACAGUGUGGCGCAUAUUUGUAACAAUGUUAAAGUUGUUUAUACGGCCACCCUCAGUGUGACCUGUAUGGCUGUUGACCAAGUAUGUUGUGUGAAAGCCGCAUAUAUUACGUGACUUGGCCAGCACGCUGUUAAUAUGGAGGAAAAGAGGACGUGACGGCAUGUUGUAGAGGACAGGGCCUUUAAGGCACGCUCCCAGUAUUGUUGUCCGGGUGGAAAUCGGGAGAAUGGUUGCCCAGGGAGAUUUUUGGGAAGGGCACUAAACUUCGGGAGUCUCCCGGGAAAAUCGGGAGGCUUUGCAAGUAUGAGUAUUAGCGGUAAAUGUGGUGUUACCGGCGGGCCAGCUCUAAUGUUAAUUUGAUAUUGCCUCAAAGGCCAAAUUAAAUUAAACGGCGGGCCAAAUUUGGCCCGCGGGCCAGAGUUUGACACCCAUGGUCUAAGAGGUGCAUCAACAUUUGCGUUACAAAAUAAGGCAAAUCUCCGGGGAAAAUUCUUAAAAUAUGGCAUUUCACUACAUCACAAUAACUCAUCCUCUACUCCAUUUUAUAACAGUUUAUGGAUUCAAUACAUUGUAAGGUUUACUUGUUAGGAACCAUAAACUGUUGUGAACAUUUAAAUAAAAACUAUUCUGGGCUCCUUCACGUAGAUUAUAGUUGAGACAUUUUUCAAGCUGGCUGACAUUUCUUCAUGGAUGUUACAGAAAGUAUGAGAAUGUGUGAGCUGCUGCCUGCUCUGCUUUACUUCCAUAGUAAUCUUCUAUUUGUCAAGACAUUCACACAAAGUUUGGAUUUUUUUCAGAUAUACAUACUUUCUGUCGAUUUCAUGCCCAUCCAUCUUUGUUGUGUUACUUUAUUGAACCACGAGACAUGAAACUCGAUUGCUGCAUUCGCAAAAACAAACAAAACGGGACUGAGAAUACGCCAGGAAAGAAGAAGAAAAACUGGAUUUCCUGGCACAAAACGGGGAUUGCUGCUCUUGGCCAGGAUCUGAUGCUGUGCAAAGGAGACAGCCUGGACUUGAUAAAGGGUGACACAAAUUGCCGCCAGCAGCUUCAGUUCUAUGAGCAACUUGUCGCUGUGGUCCUGGACUGCCACGUGUCCACUGAGCAGGGUGCAGAUAUGCUCUUGAACACGCUUUUUGCUGGAGAGAGUCUGCCUCAUCUCACUCAGAUGUUGACACCUUCACUAGACCCUCACUGGCCCUCCAACACCACGGCUUUUGUACACAAGAAUUCCAAAUCCAAUCUCAAGCCAAGAAGAGACAAUGCUGAGAACAUUGCUGCCGACAUCCAGUCUACUCGCUCCAUGCUGGAGAAGUUACAGUCUGAGUGCCAUUUUCUAAAAGAUGGGGUGCCAAGUUCCCGCGUCUUCACCCCCAGCGCACUGCAUUUGGCGCUGGGCGACCUCCAGCAGUUGAUGACCACUUUCUGCCACGUGUAUGAGACGGACCUGAAAGCGUGCUGUGCUCGAGUGCCGCCGAAUUUUAGCGCAGACACCGAAGUCUUCCAAAGAGUCCACGGACUUCUGCUGGCCUGCAACUCGGAGUUGGAAAUGCUGAAGGAAGUGUCUGAAGCAUCAAUGUGCGUGAACGACCAAUUAAGCCGGCUGCAAACAGAACUGUACUGCGGGAGUCAAGGAAAGAAAGGCACUUUAUCUGAUCAACUGGAGGAACUCACCAAGCGCUACAAAGACUAUGUCUCCCGCCUUCAUUCAUCCAUGCACCAAUGAAUGGCUGGAUCAACAUUUAUUAAAAAUAUAGUGCUACAUUUGAUCACACUUUUAUACAUGUUGUUGUUUUCUCCUGUAUUUAAGAAAAUAAAGAUGAAUAGACCUUAA